UUUACUCUUUACCCAAAAAUACUAGGGUUUAAGCCCCAACUGAUAGAGGAACUUUUCGCACUCCAUUUCCAAUGGCGUCCACACUCUCCAGAAGACUACUCCGCACCCUCAUCGCUAGCCCUAGGUCAUCGUCCCAUUUCACGCGCUUCCCUUCAACGUCCUAUUCUAUCUGCUCGAAAAGCUUUUCGACUGAGGGCGACGAUUUGAGUGCCCUGGAAUCGGACCGGUCCGGGUCGGAAUCCGAAUCGGAGGUCAAAUCGGACCCUUUAUCCUCUACUCCCGAGCCCGAUUCCAAUCAGCGGCGCAAUACUGGAGAGCGCCCCCUUGAAAAUGGCAUGGAUAAUGGCAUUUAUAAGGCAAUAUUGGUAGGUCAGGUAGGGCAAGCUGCAAUACAGAAGAAGCUGAAGAGUGGGAAUACAGUGACUCUUCUUUCUAUUGGAACGGGUGGGAUUCGUAACAAUAGGAGGCCAUUUGAUAAUGAAGAGCCUAGAGAGUAUGCCAAUCGGUGUGCUGUGCAGUGGCAUAGGGUCUCAAUUUAUCCUCAGAGGUUGGGGGACCUUGCCGCAAAGAACGCUAUUCCUGGCUCAAUCCUGUACAUAGAGGGUAAUCUUGAGACCAAAGUGUUUAGUGAUCCAAUUACAGGCCUUGUUAGACGCAUACGAGAGGUUGCUGUACGCCAAAAUGGUCGACUUGUUUUUCUUGGCAAGUUAAAUGAUGCGGAGCAGCCAUCAAAAGACGAAAUAAAAUCUGUUGGUUAUUACUGAUACUGGGUAAACUUGGAACAGAAUUACUUCAUUUAACUUCUGUAAUUAUUGUUUUGCUUUGCUUUUAGGAGAGGAUGGUCCAUAAUUACUAAUUAGAUGCCUGUUGGGUAUUUAUGAAUUCUGGGAAUUUGAUAUUUCUCCACAUCAUAUUGUGCUAUCUCAUAUUUAUUUACUUUAGCCA